AUGACGAAGAUGGGCGAAUUAGGACCUAAAGAUACUAUAAGUGAAGAACCAGUGUUGAGUUUUAUAAAGAAUCAAGUUAGAGUUGAGAAGCCUGAUGUGUUUUGUGUGCUAUGUUACAACAAUAACCGUUAUAAUCACAAUCAAAAUAAAUCAUCUGCAACAUAUUCAGAAUGUCCAGAAGUGAAAAGAAACAUUUGCACACAUGACACCCAUAAAAUAGAGUGUCUAAAGUCAUCAAGUGAAAUUAGUGACCGGUUAUGUAGAUGUGAUUCGGAAAAUGGCUAUUUCCCCAUCUCAGAUCCGGAUGAUCACCCAACUGACGGAUGUAGUUACAAAAAUUAUGACUGCAAAAUUGGAAGGUGUGGGCCAUCCGAAAGGAUGCUAUUAAAUUACACGUGUGAAUGUGAAGAUGGAUUUUACAAAUACAACAACUCGGUGUCAGAAUGUGUGCCUCUCCAUACCAGCAGAACAUCGUCUGUUCGAAUGCCGUCAUCGACUUUCACUACAACGACAAGCCAGUUUACAAGAACUAAACAUCAGACAACUGUGUUAGUAUCAUCUGCAAAUGUAUCUGUAACACAACCGUCAAGUCAAGAUGGUGGCAGUUCAACUGUUUUGAUAGUAUAUGCAGUAGUUUCCACCUUAGUGUUAAUAUCGACAGUGAUAUUUGUUGUCAGAGUUGUAAGGGCAUGUAAAAGAUCUAACGCAGCAGCAGAAGACACAAAUAACUCUCUUCUGACACAUUUAACAACAAUUGAAGCAAUAGAAAGUCAUGGUGAAGAAGAGUCAAGUGUGUCGUCAGAAAAUGUACCAGAAAAUGUACCGUUUAUUUCUCCAAACCAAAAUUCAAAUUCAACAUUGAAUCUUUCCAAGUAUGAGAAAGGAUCACAAGCUACGUUCAGUAGCGUUGAUGCAUUACCACAUCAUCUUCUUAAUGACGUAAAUAGGUCACCACGGUCUUUUGCAACAAAUUCUCUUGACCGACCACGCCAUUCAAAAGCAUUCAGAAUAGAACCAAAGCAUAUAGAAAACUGUUUUGACAUAGAAGAACUCCGAGAUUUUGUAAGACGUGUUUUGCAAACGAGUAGAUCAGACAUGAUAAACUGCCUUGAUCCGGUUCUUGUAUUAGAUAAGCUGGAGGAAAAUGAUGUGUUCGAUCAAUCUGUCCUGCAAGAUAUCAAGGAUGAAAACAAGAAAACGCAGAAGACUCGACAAAUUUUAGAUAGAGUAAAAACCAACUACAAAUGUUACAACGCCUUCAAGAAUUCGCUAAAAGAUACUAAACAGAAUGAAUGUUUAGAAAAAUUAGAAAAACAGGAGCGUAUUAUUUAUAAUAAAAUAACUGCUGCUAGAAAAGAAAAGAAACUAUUAGUAUCGGGAGCUGAUUUACCAGAGAAUGAACAACUAAACAAGAGUAACGAGACUCAUCUGCAAUCGCGAAGACAUACUUUUUCUACUAGCUCCACUGGAUUCGAUUUCAAGAACGAUGAUGAUGGCCCACCACAACAUAAUGAAUCAGAAAAUUUUGAUGUAACAUCGGUAGAUAGCAGUAAUGAAAAUUCUAGCAAUGAUAUCAAUAUCUAUGAGAGGAGGCUUGAACAUGAACCUGGAGAUGAUCAAAAAGAUGGACAAACAGAUCAGGAAUCAGAUGGUACAAGUGAAGAAUAGAAACAAAUUGAAGCAUAAAAACAAAAGCUUGAAGGAGAUGAUUCAUGCUUUUAAAUUUUGGAGCAAGUGCGUGUAUGGUAGCAAACAUAUAUUCCUGUAAUUAAGGUCACGUACACAAACUCAUAUACCACUGACUUUUAUUUAAGAAAUGUCAACAUCUUAGCUAAUGAUACAAUUAAACAGUCCAUAUAGGUUUAAAAGGAUCUUUCAUCGGCUACACGCACAUACCGUAAUGUCUAGCUCAUGGGUAACUGGGUUUAUUGCGGGAACGAAGCUCUGCACGGGGUUGGGGUGUGGCAGGUUCUUCUAGCACCGGUGUAAACAGUACAUAAUCCCGUCUGAUAUGCAAGAAUAAUCCUAUAAAACUGAUAUUGGUGUAGAAAAAGUGCCAUGAAUGUUAUUGUAGAACAAUUGUGACCUCGCAGACAAGCUAAUUAAAGUAAACUUUUGAUUCUUA